AUGUUCAGCCACUCCCGCCACGCGGCCCCUCCCCCCGGCGGCCGCCUCUACUUCGCCUACGGCAGCAACCUCUGGCUUGAACAAAUGGCCACCCGCUGCCCCUCCAGCUACUUCAUCGGACGCGCCAUCCUGCCCGACUACAAAUGGCAGAUCAACCAGCGCGGCGUAGCCAACGUCGUCCCCUGCGCGGGGCGGUCCGUGCACGGCCUCGUCUACGAGCUCGGCUCCGCCGACGACGAGCGCCGCCUCGACCGCAGCGAGGGCGUGCGCACCGGCGCGUACGCCAAGGCUACCCUGCCGGUGGUGCUGUACGAGGCCGCGCCGGCGCUGCAGCUGCGUGUGCCGGGGAUGGUGCAGGCGGGGGGUGCGGCCGCCACGGUGGCCGGGGCGAGGAGGCGCACGGCGAUAUUGGGCGUGGAAAGGCCAAGUCGGUUGGCGGAGCAGGCGCCGCGGUUGCAGCCGGGGGUGUUGGUGUAUUUGAGUGAGGCGUUUGUGCAGCCGGGGGAUCCGAGGGAGGAGUAUGUGGAUCGGAUGAAUCGGGCCAUGUCGGAUGCGGUGGUGAUGGGGGUGCCGGUGGAGUUUUUUAGGAACGCGGUCAGGCAGUAUAUUCCCGAUCGGGCGCCGCCGCCGGUGUCGAGGAGGUCGGAUUCGAGGAGUGGGCGGAGCAGUGCGUCGACGGUGACGACGAGGUCGCGAAGGGGGAGUGAGUCUGGUGGUGGGCGGCCGAGGUCGAGUUCGGUGUCGUCGGGGCCGAUUGUGAGGGAUGUCGGGCCGGAUGAUGUGGAUUAUCGCCGGCGGUCGUGGAAUCCGAGCCCUGUUGAGUAUUCGCGCUAUGUGAGCAGCGAGACGACGACGAGGGGCAGGACGGCGGGCUCUGAUGACUAUGAGUACUGGGCGCCGCCGGCAAGCGGAUCACUUCUUCUGUUAUUUGGGGACAAUUUGUAUUGCUUCGUGGUGUUACUACGAGUAUUGAUGACUUAUGAUCGGGUGGACGGGGAUAGAGGAAAACGGCCAUGGCCUGUCUAUUUACAGCUAUAA